UGAGUGACAUAUCUGUUGCUAAUCUAGUCUGAAUUUUUCAUGGGGCAUCUUUCGAGCAUUACAAUGAUUUUCGAAAUAAAGCAACACUUAUUGAUAUAGAUCUAUAUUCUCUGGUGACAAACUGUCUCAAUCACUAGUUAUGAGUGUGGAAUGGAUGAGACAGGCGGUGUUGCGGCCUGAGUCACGCCUGGAUCACAACUGGCUGAAAACAGAUAUUCAGGCGAAACAGGCAAGUUCUACUGCGGCAUGAAGGUGCUGACCUGCGCCUGCUGUGAUGGGCACUGCGGCCCCAACAAUGGCUGCAACUGUCCGCCCUGCCAGCUGCUGGACCAGGAGGAGGAGGUUCGAGCCUCAAACCAGCGCGCACAGCCUCCUCCAGCUCAGCCAUUGAUUGACGGAUGGACAUGGGGACAGCAGCCAGAAUCGUCCAAGCUCCAGCAAUGUCUGCACAGCUUGCUCCACGAGCACCAGGAGCUAAGCCUGGAGGCGUACAGCAGCUCUCUGUCCAUGACACGGCUACAGCAGAGGGUGGCUGUGCUCGAGCGCUACUUCACAGCUCUCAGCAGGCAGAACCAGGCGGAGCGCCGGGCACCUUCACGCAAGCGGCAGGCCAACCAGAGCAACCUCAACAAACAGAAAAGCACCGCUGUGAAGCCAGUAGAGAAAGCCACCAUGGGACUGGCGCGGGUCGGGUCCAGGGCUGCCCUCAGUUUCGCUUUCGCAUUCCUACGCCGUGCUUGGAGGUCAGGAGAGGACUCAGACCUUUGUGGGGAGUUAUUGCAGGAGUCUCUGGAUGCUUUGAGGUCCCUCCCAGAAGCCACCUUGUUUGAAGAGGGCUCUGUUUCGUCUGUUUGGGUGGAAGUCGUAGAGAGGGCCACUAAGUUUCUGCAUUCUGUUGUGGCUGGGGACCUGAAUGCUGGGGCAAGCAGUGGUGGCCAUGGAACAUCAUCCAAGGUCCCAGUACAAGACCAACAAAUUGCUCUCUGUCUCAUUCUGGAGCUGGCUGUACAGAAAGGGACUUUGAGCAGUGUAUUGCAGGCUGUCCUGCUCCUGCUGAACUUAUGGAACAACAGCCACCAUGACUACGACAACCGGGUCAGUAGCAGCCUGGUCUCAGCCCCUCUCAUCCCCCUCCUUCGACGCUUUGAAGCCAUUCACAAUUCCAAGUCCAGAGCAACACUGGAGGCCAGAUGGGAGGACUCCCAAGUCCCUGUGAGCCCCACUGACUGUUUCCUGCAACACCUGAGCUACCCAGAUGAGGAGGAUACAGCGGUGGACCUGCGACAGAGUGCAGUGGUCAUCAUGGCUCACCUGGACAGACUGGCCAGCCCGUACCUGCCUGUCAGCUCCACACACAAGUCAAACUGCCGGUCAGUCACACAAGAUAUCAUCGGCAUGGGCUGGCUGUCGUGGGCCAGCACCUCGGGCACACCCAGUCCCACCAGCGGGCCGCACGUGCUGCUGCUGUUUGCCGACCUGGGCGGAGUGCAGCAGAUUGUGUGUGCUGAGCGCUGUCUUCUCACCUUGACACGGACGGGGAAAGUCUACACAAUGUUCUACAGCUCUGACACACAGUCACCACAACUGAUCAGCGGCUUUGGGGACAAGGAGAUCAUCCGACUGGCAGCUCAUGCUGACGGCAAACACUACCUGGCCCUGACCAGCGAGGGGGAUGUUUACUCCUGGGGCAAUGGAGACGGUGGUCGCUUGGGCCAUGGGGACAACAUCUCAAGGGACGAGCCCACUCUGAUCACUGCCUUGUCAGGCAAACACAUCGUUCAGAUCUGUGCAGGCAGCACCUAUUGUGCGGCUGUCUCUGCCAGCGGAGAGCUCUACACCUGGGGUAGAGGUAACUACGGCAGGCUCGGCCAUGGUUCUAGCGAGGACCAGUGCUACCCAAGCCUUGUCUCGGCCCUCAAAGGUCAUCGUGUCGUCGAUGUGGCUUGUGGCAGCGGAGAUGCUCAGACACUGGCUGUCACUGAUACCGGUGCUGUCUACUCCUGGGGAGAUGGUGACUAUGGCAAACUAGGUCGUGGUGGUAGUGAUGGUUGCAAGACGCCCAAGGUCAUCGAGAAACUGAUGGGUCAGGAUGUGGUCAAAGUGUACUGUGGUGCUCAGUUCAGUCUGGCUCUCACCAAGUCAGGAAAUGUCUUUACAUGGGGCAAAGGAGAUAACUUCCGGCUGGGCCAUGGCUGUGAGGAGCACAUCAGACAUCCGAAACAGAUGGAGGGUCUGGGGGGUCGGCGAGUACGGAGCUUGGCCAUAGGUUCCAUGCACUGUGUGGCUGUGACGGAAGAGGGCGAGGUCUACUGCUGGGGCAAAAAUGACCAGGGACAGCUGGGCGACGAAACUCACGCCAACGUGAAUGAACCGAUAUUGGUGCCGGGCCUGGAUGGGAAGCACAUUGUUGGGGCUUCGUGUGGGCCAUCACAGAGCUUCUUUUGGUCCUCGAGCGACCAGUGGAGCGUGGGUUCAAGGAUUCCCUUUAUCGUGGAGGUUAGCCGCAGCACCCUAGAACAGCUGGAAGAAUUGCUGCGUGAGGUCACAGAAGGCAUGGAUGGACGCAGCGACUGGCCCCCACCUCAGGACAGAGAAUGUAUCGCUGUAGUUGCCCUCAACUUGCUCAACCUCCAGCUCCAUGCCACCAUCUGCCAGUCUGAGGAUGUGGAGGCCGUGGGUCUAGGUCAGGGCAGUCCCUUGGCAGAGAGCCUUAAGCAGCGAGUGGUCAGUCUGGCCUCACACAGCGGGGUCAUUGCCACCAUCCAGAGGGCAGCUCAGGCCACUCUGCACAGCGGCUGGUCACUCCUGCUGCCCACACCCGAGGAGAGAGCCAGGGCUUUGUCGUCAUUGCUUUCUUCUGGGAGCCGUGAUAUGACUGUGAUGUCCAGUGGUCAGCGGUUCAUGACGGACCUCUUGGUGAGCUCCCUCAUGGCUGAUGGGGGCCUGGAGACAGCCUUGCACUUGGCCAUCAAAGCUGAGGUCAAGGACAUGGAUGAUUCCAAGGAGAAAGAGAGUGAGAUGAAGACAAAGAAAGAGGGAGGAGAUGCUGAAAAGGACAAGAUUGGAGAGGCAACGAAUGCUGUGAAGAGUGAGACGCCCCUGCUGGAUGUCCAGCUGGGAGAGCAAACUGAGGAUGGAGAGACCUCUAUACCUCUGCUACAACUUAUACACCAACUCUUUAGGAACUCGUCAACUCACACUUUGUCCAAGCUCCAGGAGGAGGCCAAGUGUCGGGGCAUGAGGUCACCCGAUGGCGACUCCCCGGAAAACUCCCCGUCCCUCGACCUCCUGCUGCAGUUCCAGAGGCUUCUCAUCGCUCGCAUUUUCCUCAACAAGUCAACUGACGAGCACCACUCCGUCCAUUCACUUCACUCUGUGUCGGGAGAGUCCAAGCCUUGCAAGAACAAAGAAACUUCUUCACUGCCCGGCAGUGUCUUUCAGGGAGAGACAGGCUAUGAGAUGCUGGGUGCUGCGUCUCUGCUGCGCAAAUACUGCAGCCUGUUGGUGGGCCAUGUGUCCAGUAUCCUGCCCACAGCAAGCAGUGUUGGAGAGAUGAGUGCUCGCAGUUUUGCUGCUGUCACCUCCAUACUGAACAGGGAUGUUAUUGGCAUUUUGCUGCCAGAAAUGGUGACCUGUCUGGUGCUGCUGCAGCUGCGAUGUCCCCAGGUCAUGCAAGCAUCGAGGGCGGCCCAGCUGUUGUCCCAGGUGCUGGACGAACUGGACUACUUCAACCACCUGGCACCGGGUGCAGAGAGAGAGGACACGGAGGACUUGGCCUGGCCGGGGGUCUGGAGUUACAGUUUGGAGAAGUACAGCAUGCGUGGUUGUGAAGACAGUCAGAUGAUCCGCAAAGCUGACCUGGAGAACCACAACAAAGACGGUGGCCUCUGGGUGGUGAUCCACGGCAAAGUGUACGACCUUCAAGACUUCCGUGACCAGGCACCCUGUGGCGCCGACACAUUCCAGGAGUGGGCAGGCCGCGACGCAUCACUUGCAUUUGAGUCUGCACAUCACUCAGACGAUGCCAGAGAGAUGAUGAGUUGUUUUUAUGUGGGACAGUACAUUGAUCCUGAGAAAGACACAGUCCAGACCCCAGGAAGCGGCUCCAUGUCCUCUCCCCUCAUUGACACAGAACGGACACUCGGGGUGCUCUUGGGAUUGAAUGCUGCGCAGCAGGUCCGCAGCACUAGCUUGUCAGCGGAUGAGCUGGAGAGCAGACAAUGGCUGCAGUCAGAGUUCUUCUCCGGAGGGCUGCAACUGCUGAAUCAGGCUGGCUUUGACGAAGAAAAGGGAGAGAGCCGAAGUGCAAGCACUUGCAACACUCCUGCUGGUGCCACACCCACAUCUGAGCACUGCAACGUGACCCAGAGUGCUGUAGACAAGGAGAGGAGGUUCCAGGCGGAGCAAGCAAGCACGGACACUGCCAGACCUUUUCUGCACGCCUUGGCCGAGUCGAGAGUGCAGGACCCCACUGUUAAGGCAUUUUUGAGUAUGGUAGACAAGUACUGCCGUACGCACCACCUCUUGUUCCCUUUUGAUUUCCCAUCGGAUCACCCUGUUGAGGAAGUUGGCAGACUGUUGAUGGCGGUGCUGCUGAAGCACUGUGACCUGGGCUAUGUGGUGCUGGGCCUGGUGGAGCACGGCCAGGGGGAGGGCGCCGGCAAACUGACCAUGCCCAAAGCCGUGGCGGAACUGUGCCGUGUUAUCUGCCAGACCAAGCGGUCUCUCAUAAAGGCUCAUCAAGACCAGGGCAGGUCUUACAAGGAGGUGUGUGCCCCUGUCAUUGAGAGGUGUCUGUUUUUAAUCAACGAGUUGCGACCAGCCUCUGGGGAUCAAAUGAAUAUGUUCACUCGGUCCAAGCUACUUAAAUCAAUGCCGCGAUGGAGGGAAGUCAUUUCUCGCAUCGUCGACGACAAGAAGAGAUCAAAGGGACUUUCAUCAACUCAAGAUGAAGAUGAUGAAGACAGUGGAGGUGACAAGGAAAAUGAUGAGGACAACGAAUCCCUUCUGAGUGAGGCUGCUGGUGGUGUUGAUGACGCCAAGGAUGAUGAAGGCAAAGAAGAAACCUCCCAGGUGAAGGAGGAGGAAGACAACAGCGAGGAUGAAGGGGAGGGCAGCGAGGAGGCUGUCAGCACUGCUUCUGAAGGCGAGACACAGCAAAGUGGCGGGAAGAGCCCUGGGGCUCUGAAUCUGGACGACAUCAAGAUUGAGGAAAAGGAGGAAGGGGAGAAUGAGGAUGCAGCGGAGACAAAGAGCAUGUCGCAAGACAGAACAAGCGACCCAUGGGAAGAGGUAGUCAAGGUGGUGACCAACUCCCAGAAGAUGCGGUGGCUGCGGCAAAGACUGACGGGCUCCCGGGCAGAGCUGAGCUUGGUCAGCAAGAUUGUGGAGUUUGUCUUGUUUGAACACCCUGUGGACAUUGAGAAGCUCCGCAGAUCUCUCCACCAUCAGGUGGCACGAGCCGAGCGGAGGUUGCAAGGAAUCCAGAACAUGCUGACGCUGGUCCACAAGGAACAUCUGGUCCCCUCAGUCAAGUACAGCAUACUCUGUGGCUGGCAGGGACUACUCUCUGUGGGCACAAAGCACCAUUCGCCCUUACCACACUGCCUGCACGAUGUGAAACUGAUCCCGCCAUGUGAUCGCAUCCUGCUGGAGAUGACUUUUGCCGAGCUGUACCGCUGGGCCAUCCAGGAGCUGCGCCACUGCGUCAUACAGGCCGACAUGAUGUUUAAACUGCGAGGCAUCAACCCAGCCUCCCCCAACCCGUGUAACACAAAGUUUACGGAGCGGCUGAGCCUGGGAGCGUUGCCGUGCUCCCGUUUCAUCCUGGCCACCCUGGGCCUGCUGGUAGCGGAGCACUUCUCCAACAGUCUCAGUCUGUUGCUUAACUCUGGAGUCCUGGCCCUUUCACAGAGCAUACUCAGGCUGGCAGGUCCAGACCCUGACUUACCAGUGGCUGACAAUGGCAGUACCGUACUGACCAUCCCAGAGGAGCAGAUAAACAAGAAGAGCAACCAGGCUAUGCCCAUGGCAGGACCCGAACUGGCAGCCAUGAUGAAAGUGGGCACACGUGUCAUGCGGGGUGUGGACUGGAAAUGGGGAGACCAGGACGGUCCUCCGCCCAGCCUGGGCAACGUGAUCGGUGAGCUGGGCGAGGACGGCUGGAUCCGCGUGCAGUGGGACACGGGCAGCACCAACAGCUACCGAAUGGGCAAGGAGGGAAAGUACGACCUCAAGCUGGCACAGAUGCCAGAGCUCACAGACAACGAGGAUGACGAGGAGGAGGAUGAGUCACAAAGUGAGAAGACCCACCCAGAGAACAAACACCCGACCAGUCUGAUUCGUCGCUCCACCGUGGGCUUCCUCAAAGCCCUGUCACUGUGUGCUGGUGUUCACGCUGAGAACGCUCAGCCUGAGGCUGUGGCUGCUCUAUGUGGGCUGAUGCUCAGUAUUGUGGAUGCAGGAUGCAACUAUGGACCAAAUACGAACUCGGCCUCAGCCCACAUUGCCAGCCAACAACACAGCCAGUGGUGUAGCCUGGGCUUCAUCCGUAGCCUGGCCACCAGCCCCGUCAUGUGUCGCGCCCUCUCCUCCCCGCGCUGGCUGGGCCUGCUGCUGCGCAUCCUGGAGGAGGACCACGGCUCCAAGUACUCCAAGAACAUCUACAGACAGAUCCUGAUUUUAAAGCUGCUUCGAGCAGUGCUACCUUCUUGGGACCACUACAUGGAUAGAAGCCGAGUGACAAGUCUUGUGGAGCGAUUGUUCUCCAUCUUGGGCAGUGUCCUCAUCGGCUGUGCCACUGACAUGACACUGACGUCAACUCUGGAGGCUGGCCAGGAGAAGAAGCACAGUGUCCCGGUGAGCAUGACUGCCACCUACACCAGCACUAUGGCGGAGGAAGUCAUCGCUCUGAUUCGCCGACUGCACACACUGCCUGUGUGGAACGCUUCCAUCAACCGCUACAUCGCAGGACAGCUGCCCAGCAUUGUGUCGCUCCUGGCAGAGAGGAGAACCCACCAUAUUGAACUAGAGGAAGAGAGUAACCAGACGGCGCUCAUGAUGGCGGUGCUGUCGGUCAUUGGUGGGGUGGACUGUCGUCUACGCCUGGGCUCCCUGGUGAGACAUGAAGAGCUGGGUCUGGGAACAGUCUGCAGGAUCACGGCGAAGGGCAAGCUACAAGUGCAGUUUCACACCGGCUCUGCCAGGUUGUGCCGUCUCUCGGAGCUCACAGGGGUUCCUCUUGUUGAGUUCCAUGUGGAGAAGAUGCCCCUGAGUGAUGAGACACUCUCCCAUUGGGCACUGCUGUGCAGCCUGGCCUGUUCGGCCGUGCGGACUGACAGAGACAAGGACGCCAUGCCCCGGGCCCCUCUGGCCACCAGCACCGGCAGCAUUGACUCUCUAGGCAACCAUCUGACUUUCAAAGAGCUUCGGAAGCAGUACAUCCGCCUGUGCCUACUGCGCGCCAUGGCGAAGCUGUUCAGCCGACAGGACGUACUGCGCCAGAUCUUGUCACAGAGCAUCCCGGCCUCCGUGAGCGAGUCGUUUGGAGCCCCCUUGGAGGCCUCGGCUCCACCACCGGCGGAGGAGGAAGGGGGAGGGGACGGCCCGUCCCGUGUGGUGUUGAUGCAGCAGCUGCUGAUGACGGCCACUCAGCCCUCUCCGCUGAAAGCUGUCUUCUCAGUUGAUGAACUGGAAGGGGCCGGACUUGCAGCCUGCCAACACCUGACCUCAGAACUGGGUCAGCAACCAGGGGAUAUGGCUGGUGAAGAAAGCACGGACGAAGACGACGACACCGACUUGGCUGGCAUUCCCGUCCUCGGAGCUGUGGUGGGCGGGGCUGGCGCAGCAACCAACCUCAACCCGGCUUACACAGCCCCACCCCCGCAGAGCUUGAUAGUUGCCCGGCUACAGAAGCUUCGCAGGCUGAAGCCGCCCCAGCCGUUGCCGUCCCCCAUUGUGGUGCAGCUGGUGGAGAUGGGGUUUCCGCGGCGACGGGUGGAGCAGGCAGUCAAAUCAUUGGGAGGUGGCUUGCUCCCAGGCAAUGAUACCCCGACAGUAGAGGCUCUGGUCAGCUGGCUGCUGGAGCACCCAAGCCCCGGCCAAGAGGACUCGGACACAGACAUGGCCUCCUCGGAAGAAGGUCUCUCCGACAGUGACUCGGGCUCUGAGGGUUAUGAUGAGCUGGAAGCUUUUGAGACUCCAGCACCAGAACCUGUUGCUGUCCCCACUGGGUCAGAAUUCAAGAAGAGAAGUGACUUCACUAACACAGACGACUACGCCAUAUAUGUCAAGCAGAAGAUCCAGAUCGGCAUGAUGGUGCGCUGCUGUAGGACCUACGAGGAAGUUCAUCAGGGAGAUAUUGGUAAAGUCACAAAGCUUGACCAAGACGGACUUCAUGAGUUGAAUGUACAGGCGUACUGGCAGCGCAAGGGCGGGACCUACUGGGUGCGCUACAUCCAUGUGGAGCUUCUGGGUUUCACAAACACGGCUGUUGAUAAAGGUCAGACCAUUAAGGUUGGUGAUAAGGUGCGAGUGAAACCCUCGGUGACAAAGCCUACUUACAAGUGGGGCUCAGUGACCCAUUCCAGCAUUGGGACAGUGACAGCAAUCAUCCCAAAUGGCCGUGACAUCACAGUGGACUUUCCACAACAGUCCCACUGGACAGGGGUCAUCUCAGAGAUGGAGCUGGUGCCCAGUACACAUCCUCAGAUCUCAUGUUCUGGCUGUUAUAUGAACCCCAUCACUGGACCAAGAUUCCAUUGCCAGACCUGUGACGACUUCGAUCUCUGUGAGAACUGCUUCAAGAUCAGCCGCUCCCACAAACAUCCAUUCAACAGGUUGCAAGAACCAGGGAGUGACCCUUGCUUUGCGGGAAAACCCGGCCGCCACAACCGGCCAAGCCAGCCCCUGAGUGCACGCGGCUCCUCCGUCAACAGCUGGCAGGCUUGUGUGAAAAAUCUGACAGUGUCCUCACGUGAGGACCAGGCUCACAGCCUCUAUGAUGGUCAGGGACACUUCUGGCAGAGUCACGGGACACAAGGAAAGCACUGGAUUCGUCUGGAGAUGCAGCCGGACAUGGUGAUCAACCGACUGGUGAUGCGUGUGGACCCGGCAGACUCGAGCUACAUCCCGUCCCUGGUGGUGGUCAGUGGUGGGGACUCUGUGGUCAGCCUGAAAGAGUUACGCACUGUCCAUGUACCCAUGGAUGAGGGUUUGGUGGUCCUGCUCUCUGAUAUGACAGAGUACUACCGUGUCAUUGAAGUGGGCAUCCGGCAGUGUCGUAGCAGCGGCAUUGACUGCAAGAUCCACGGCCUGUCUGUGUCUGCCCGCUACAAGACGGACGAGGAUGACAUCCCCACCACCUACUCCAUCCUGGCCCAGGACAAAGAUGAAGAAGAGGAGGAGCAACAGCAGCGGUCAGCCAACGGUCAGCCGGUGGCCUCCCGAGGCAAGAAGGGCAAGUCCUCCUCCUGUAAGGACAUCCAGACCUACGUCUUUGUGUGGGGACUCAACGACAAAGACCAGCUUGGAGGGCCUAAGGGAUCAAAGAUCAAGAUGCCUGUUUUAAAUGAGUCUCUGUCAGCUCUCAACUGCAUUCAGAUAGCUGGAGGUUCCAAGAGUCUCUUUUGUGUGACCCAAGACGGUAAGAUGUUUGCCUGUGGUGAGGGAACCAAUGGACGACUGGGUCUGGGUUCUGUCACUGGCAACGUGUCAGUUCCACGACAGUUGUCGUCACUGAGCCAGUACGUCAUCAAGAAAGUGGCAGUGCAUUCAGGUGGUCGACAUGCACUGGCGCUGAGCAUCGACGGCAAAAUUUUUGCCUGGGGAGAGGGUGACGAUGGGAAGCUGGGACUGUCCAGCAGGAUGAACUGUGAUACUCCUCGCCUGGUAGAGGCGCUCAAGUCUAAGCGUGUGCGUGACAUUGCCUGUGGCAGCUCUCACAGCGCAGCCAUCAUUUCUAACGGUGACCUGUACACUUGGGGGCUGGGCGACUAUGGCAGGCUGGGCCACGGAGACAACACCACACAGCUCAAGCCGAAGCAGGUGGCAGCACUGGCGGGUCAGCGCGUGGUACAGGUGGCGUGCGGCAGUCGUGACGCCCAGACCUUGGCCCUGACAGACGAAGGCGUGGUCUAUUCCUGGGGUGAUGGGGACUUUGGCAAGCUGGGGCGAGGAGGAAGUGAGGGAUGUAACGUACCACACCCGGUGGAGAGGCUGACCGGUCAAGGGGUCAUUCAGAUUGAGUGUGGGGCCCAGUUUUCCCUGGCCCUGACCAAGCAUGGACAAGUAUGGACCUGGGGUAAAGGUGACUACUUCCGCCUGGGCCAUGGCACGGACGCUCACGUACGUAAGCCACAGCUGGUGGAGGCCCUGAAGGGGAAGAAGAUCGUGCACGUUUCUGUCGGGGCCCUGCAUUGUCUGGCCGUCACUGACACAGGACAGGUAUGGGCCUGGGGAGACAAUGACCACGGCCAACAAGGCAAUGGCACCACAACCGUGAACCGCAAGUCUGCCAUGGUUCUGGGAACCGAGGGCUACAAGAUCACUCGCGUGGCCUGUGGUUCGUCCCACAGUGUUGCCUGGGCCACCACGGGUUAUUCCAUACCCACCUCACACGAGCCCGUGCUCUUCUCCACCUCUAAAGAUCCACUUGGGGCCACUUUUCUUGGAAUGGGAGAAGAAUGCCAAGAGGAGACUUUGAGCACAUCAUCUAAGGACUCGAGCAACCGAGAGAAAAACAAUCGCCCUUCCCUGUCAAAGAUCAUCUUGUACAUGGACUCCACGCUAGAGAAGCAGAGGGCUCUCAACCAUGUUCUCAAUGCACUGCAAAUCAAAUAUGCCAGGGAUGCCAUAGUAAAAGCUUUGAGCAAAGAAAGCAUCCCGCUGACCGGUGUUUCCCAGGGGCUAGAGUCGAUUCACCUGCUUGCCCAGCUGUCCAGCCAGUCCCAGGGUUCGAGUCCCGAGACCAGCACUGUGAUGCAUGGGUCGAUGCUGGAGCAAGGAGCUGGGGAUAUGGCCGCCUCGCUCCUGGACUCGGUGGAUGGGGAAGAGGGUGAAGACCUCCCUUUCCCCAGCAUGCAAAGUCUGGCGGCGAAGGUGUCUCCUGUGACCUCAAUUAUGGCAGAGACCCUGCAGACGGCUGACGAGGUCACCCAGGUGACCGGUGGCUUCCCUCCGGGUCUGGACGAGUUCACCUACCGCUUGUCUGUGGAUGACGCUCGCAUCCUGGUGGACUUGCUGAAACUUUCUGUCGCUCGGCGGGUGGUGGGAGGAAAGAAAACCCUGUCAGAUGUGCUCACUGCCCUUGGAAAGGCGUCUCCUCAUGUGACAGAGAUGCUCCUGGAGCUGUGUGUGACUGAGCUGGAGGACGUGGCCACAGACAGUGAGACGGGACGCUCGGCAGCCAAGCCCGUGUCCCAAGAGAGCGCUCAUCCCUACACGGACGACUCAAGCCAGACUGGUAUUGUGAGGAUUCCAGGUGCGGAGGCUCUGCGUGUCGAGUUCAACCGUCACUGCUCCACGGAACGUCGCCACGACCCACUCACCAUCAUGGAUUCUACUGGACGGACCGUUGCUGUCAGAUCUGGUCGUGAAUGGUCCGACUGGUUCCAAGAGCUGCGUAUCCCCGGUGACGAGCUCCGCUGGAAGUUCACAAGUGACGGCUCUGUCAACGGCUGGGGCUGGCAGUUCACAGUGUACCCCGUCAUGCCGGCCGCCGCUCCGCUGGACUCCCUGAGUGACCGCACCAUUCUGUCCAGACCAUCCAUCGACCUGGUUACUUGCCUCCUGGACUUCAAGCUGGAGGUUUCUCUGGACCGAAGCAUCGUGCCACGUCUGGCUGCAGCCCUCGCUGCUUGUGCUCAGCUCAGCUGUCUCGGAGCCAAUCAGAGGAUGUGGGCUCUUCACAAACUGCGCAAGAUUCUGGCCACCAGCUACAGUAACCUGAUCAACAUCAACGCCCUGCUGUCCAGUCCCACCACUGAGAGCCCAGAGCAAGAGGUGCCCAGGCCUUUCCACAUGACCAUGAGUGGCUCAGCCCUGACCACCCUGGUCAAAGGCCUACCCGAGGCCCUGCAGAGACAGUAUGAGUACGAGGACUCCAUCGUGCGCAGCGGCAAACAUCUCAUGCACAGCCCAUUCUUCAAGGUGCUGGUUGCCUUGGCCUGUGACCUUGACCUGGACAUACUGCCCUGCUGUGCCGAGGCCCACAAGUGGGCUUGGUUCCGCCGCUACUGCAACGCUGCCCGCGUGGCCGUGGCCAUGGUGAAGAGGAUGGUGCUGCCGCAGCACUUCUGCGAGGAGGUGCGCAAGAAGAUCCAGGACAUCGCCAACGAGGAGGAGGAGCCCGUAGGCAGAGAGCACGAGAGCCACUCCAUGUUUAGACAGGAGCAAGACGAGCAGCUGCUACAGUGGAUCAACAGGAAACCUGAUGACUGGACUCUCUCCUGGGGAGGCAGCGGUCAGAUUUGGGUGUGGGGUCACAACCACAGAGGUCAGUUGGGUGGUGUGGAGGGGGCAAAGGUCAAGCUGCCCCUGAGCUGUGAUGCUUUGGCCACAUUGAGACCCAUCCAGCUGAUAGGGGGGGAGCAGACACUGUUUGCUGUCACCGCUGAUGGAAAGGUUUAUGGCACCGGCUAUGGAGCAGGGGGCCGUCUUGGGGUGGGCGGGACCGACUCUGUGGCCACGCCCACUCUUUUGGAGUCCAUCCAGCACGUGUUCAUCAAGAAGCUGGCGGUCAACUCUGGGGGCAAACACUGCCUGGCGCUGUCGGCGGAGGGCGAGGUCUACUCCUGGGGGGAGGGCGAGGAUGGCAAACUGGGCCACGGCAACCGCAGUCCGUGUGACAGACCAAGGGUGAUUGAGUCUCUCCGAGGCAAAGAGGUGGUGGACAUCGCAGCUGGUGGUGCCCAUUCUGCCUGCAUUACCAGCAAUGGAGAGCUGUAUACCUGGGGAAAAGGUCGUUAUGGACGUCUGGGUCAUGGAGACUCAGAGGAUCAGUCCAGGCCGAAAGUGCUUGAAGCUCUGAAGGGCUACCGUGUGGUGGAUAUGGCUUGUGGCAGCGGCGAUGCUCAGACCUUGUGUAUAACUGACGACGACAGUGUCUGGUCAUGGGGGGAUGGAGACUACGGAAAACUGGGUCGUGGAGGCAGUGAUGGCUGUAAGGUCCCCAUGAAGGUGGAGGCGCUGCAAGGCCUGGGGGUCAUCAAAGUGGAGUGUGGCUCACAGUUCUCAGUGGCACUCACCCAGUCUGGCGCUGUUUACACCUGGGGUAAGGGAGACUAUCACCGUCUAGGACAUGGAACUGAUGACCACGUGCGCAGGCCUCGCAGAGUGACUGCCCUUCAGGGGAAGAAAGUGAUCGACGUGGCGUGUGGCUCCUUGCACUGUGUGGCCUGUACAGAGACAGGUGAGGUGUUCACUUGGGGGGACAACGAUGAGGGACAACUAGGAGACGGGACCACCAAUGCCAUACAGAGGCCCAGGCUGGUCGCUGCACUACAAGGCAAGAAGAUCAACCGCGUGGCCUGUGGGUCGGCCCACAGCCUGGCCUGGUCCACUCACAAGCCGGUCAGCGCCGGCCGGCUGCCCACGUCCAUUCCCAUGGAGUACAACCACCUGCAGGGUAUUGAGAUGCCAGUUUUGAGGAACCGCCUGGUGUUGCUCCAUCACUUCUCUGAGCUCUUCUGCCCAUGCAUUCCCAUGGUGCACCUGCAGGAGAGCGGGCGGGACCACUGUCGUGAGGACGUCUCCACGGGACUGGACGCGCUCAGGGGCAUCCUGGUCUCCUCGGCCAAGGAGGCAGCUUUCCGUAAAGUUGUUCAGGCCACGAUGGUCAGGGACAAACAACACGGGCCUGUGAUAGAGCUGAACAGAAUUCAGGUGAAACGUUCGCGAGUGAAAGGCGGUCUGGCGGGUCCGGACGGUCUCAAGUCUGUCUUUGGCCAGAUGUCCCAGCGUUUGUCUAUCCUGACUCCAGAGUCCCUGAUGUUGCCACACAGGGUCUGGAAGGUCAAGUUUGUAGGUGAGGGCGUGGAUGACUGUGGUGGAGGCUACAGUGAGUCAACGGUGGAGAUGUGUGAGGAACUGCAGAACGGUGCUCUCCCCUUGCUCAUCGUGACACCCAAUGGCCGCGACGAGUCGGGCGCUAACCGCGACUGUUUCCUGCUGAACCCCCAGCUGCACAGCCCCAUGCACCAGAACAUGUUCAAGUUUCUAGGUAUCCUGGUGGGCAUCGCCAUCCGCAGUGGCAGUCCUUUAAGUCUCAACAUUGCCGAGCCAGCCUGGAAGCAGUUGGCCGGCAUGCCUCUCACCAUCUCAGAUCUCUCCGAGAUCGACAAAGAUUUUGUGCCAGGUCUGAUGUGCAUCAAAGAAAUGGAGGACGACGCCCUGAGGAGUGCGGAGAUGCCUUUCAGCAUCCCCAGCGCCACGGGUCAGGAGGUUCAUCUCAGCCACAAGUACUCGCGCAUCACUCCGGAGAACAGGGCCGAGUACGUCAAACUUGCCAUGGACCACAGACUUCACGAAUUUGAUGAGCAAGUGAGAUGGAUGAGGGAAGGCAUGGCCAAGGUGGUUCCAGUCCCACUCCUGUCUCUCUUCACCGGAUACGAACUCGAGACCAUGGUGUGUGGCAGCCCAGACAUUCCGCUGAGCUUGCUCAAGUCGGUAGCCACCUACAAGGGCAUUGAGCCGGGGGCGCCUCUGGUCCAGUGGUUCUGGGAGGUCAUGGAUGAGUUCACCAACGCCGAGCGGUCGCUCUUCCUGCGCUUUGUCUGGGGCCGGACGCGCCUCCCCCGCACCAUUGCUGAUUUCCGCGGUCGAGAUUUUGUUCUUCAGGUUCUGGACAAAUACAACCCGCCCGACGACUUCCUCCCCGAGAGCUACACGUGUUUCUUCCUGCUCAAGAUGCCACGCUACUCAUGCCGCUCUGUGCUGAGAGAGAAGCUCAAGUACGCCGUGCACUUCUGCAAGUCCAUCGACACGGACGACUACGCGCGCGUCGCGCUGACCGGUGACACGCUGGACGAGGACACACCGGACAUGGACAGUAUGGAGAGUGAGGGAGAGCUCUAUGAUUCUGACGCAAGCUAAAGUGACGAUGGAUUCAUCAUCUCUGCCCACACUCUCACACACCUAGCUGUGUAUCGUUGGCAAGCUGUUAAAAUGUACUGAGCCCAGAAAGGAACAUUUUUCAGGAGAGAAAAGAACUUUCACUCUUUUAACAAUUGUUUUGUACCUGCAUUAUGUAUUUGUUCUUGCUUUUUUUUCCAACAUUUAGAAUUUGAAUUUCGACGAAAUAGUUUUAGAGCGCAUACAACAAAUACCACAAAUUAAGAAAGUGCAAUGGAAAAAAAAUUUGAAAUUUACUCUUGGCUUAGUACAUUUGAACAGCUGUCCGACAAUGUAUUCCCUUCUGUCAGGCUAAGAAUGUCCUCAGAACAGUAGGUCAUUUAGCAGACUGUACUCAAGCAGUCAGAAGACCCAACUACAGAACUGGUGGCUCACAUUUUCUGACUUGUUCAACUGGAAAUCACUGCGCACUGGGAGAAAGAGAAAGAGAAUAUCUGUGGUGUGGACUUUCAGUAUUAAGAAAACUUUUUUGGUGUUGUUGUUUUAUUUUUAUUUCCAAAUUAUCUGAUAUGUGUGUGUGUGUGUGUAAUUUUUUUAUAGCUUAUUUAUAUUUCUGGAGGGUUUGUUUAUGUCGUAUGUUGAAGGGGAGAGGGAAUGUGUCCCAAGUGACAACAACAGUAAUCACACAUGUGUCAUUUCUAAUGUAAUCAGUACACAAACAGAAAUGAAAGAAAAAGAAAA